ACCCAGGAUUUACGCGCAAAGAAACUAAAUUGCGCUUUAUUGGAUACAAUGUAAUUAUAACAGCGUUAUGGAGUUUCAACAGAGCGACAUGUGUGCAAUUAAGUUUUUUUUUUAUUUUUCAGAGGAAUUGGAUAGAGAUUAGAUCUCUCUCACUCACACACACACACGGGAAGAGACAGAGAGAGAGAGAGUGUGUGUGUGUGUGAGAGAGAGAGAGACGCACGCACACACGUGAUCCAGCUUUCUGGGAAUGUUCCUGGAAAGCAGUGCGCUGCUUCAGUACGGAGGAAAGACUGUAAAAAUAAAAUACAUACUCACUCACACACACUCACACACACACACACACACUUACACACAUCCUGCGGUGAACAACAACAAAGCGACUCUGAUCCUGAUCUCUUGAUGGCCGUCUGCGUUUUAAAAUGCUUUUAAUCUAAACAUAGACACAGAUAGAAAGUGGAAGAAUUGGCAGUGAAGACAUGGCCAAGGUUGCGGUUCAGGGUUGGACUACACGAGGUCUGACUGAGUCCCGGAGUCUGGAAUCAUUUGCUUUCUUUUAAACAAAAAAAAAAUACAAAACAACUCUAAUUUUUUCCCCCCUAAUUUUUAUUCUUUUUUUUCUUUUUGGAUUUUGUGCCUCAGUCUGAUCAGCUUUAUUUCUGAAAUCUGGAUUCUGGAAUAAAAAAAAAAAAUGAACACAGUUGAUACACAUUACAGGAUGUGCUGAAGUCGCCGCAGUGCUUCAUUACAUUAAAUCUGUGUAACUGCAUGGAAAAGAUUUUGGAUGGGGCACACACAGUGCGUCUCCAAGUCAGCAGAGAGCGAAGCAAUCGUCGCCCAGAGUGGAAGCUGCAGGCUCGAUGUGCACCCUGCCGAGCCCCUCUGGACUUCUGCAAUUAACUCGGACCUCAUUCCUGAAAAAGCUGACAGUGGAAUACGAGUAAAGGAGCGCAGGCUGGAGUCGAACAGAGUCGAUUCCUCUGAGGAAGCCCAGAGAUUACAGAAUGCUAUGACGCACCUUCACGAGUCGGGCUGGUACUGGGGCUCGAUAACCGCAGCCGAGGCGAAGCAGCUUCUAAACGAGGCUCUGGACGGCUCCUUCCUGGUGAGAGACAGCUCGAACCCCGGUUACCUCCUCACCCUGUCCGUGAAAACCGAGCUCGGCCCUACGCACCUGCGCAUUGAGUACUCGAACGGUCACUUCGGCUUCGACUCUGUGGUGAUGGCUCGGCCUCAUCUCCGCCAGUUUAAGGGAGCGGUGGACUUGGUGCAGUAUUACACUCUGGCUUAUCGCAGGCAGGCGGCUCACCGAGGGCUCAGCACGGAUCACAGCACGCUUUCCAAUGCAGCGAUGGAAAACACGCUGCAGCUGAAACUCACUAAACCGCUGCACAAGGCGGCGCCCAGUUUACAGCACCUGUGUCGCGUGGUUAUAAACCAACAUUCUCACGAUCACAGGAAUUUACCUUUGCCCGAAAGGCUGAAAGACUUCCUGCGGGGAUAUCCGUUCGUACUCUAGACUUUCCUCAGUAUUCAGUAUUCCAAUUUAUUCGAUAUUUCAAUAUUUCCUCUUGAAAAUACAAUUCCCCCCAACCCUUCUUAUGAAUUUUAUGAAUCGGUCAUCGCAAACUGAUCUCACACACACUUUCCAUACGCUUUAUUGGAUUUCUUGUAAUUGUAAUUGUGUGUAAUUUAUCUGAAAGCACUAACUCCGCCCAUUUUACCCAAUCCUCAAACCAAUCAUCUUUUAGUUUUACAUACGAACAGGAUCUCGGAUCAUGAAAUUUCCCAAAUCGAGUUAGAAAUCCAAGUCCUGCAUUGUAUUCCAAAGCCAUCAUUUUAAAUUAUUCUGUCUUAAAUGUUUAAUUAUGGUUGAUAUUAUUAUUAUUAUGGUGUUAAAUUUAAAAAAUGUUUACACGUAGCAGCAUUUGAGCCCCAAUCGAAGAGCAACAGUGUGUCAUAGUAAUGUUGUGCAUGUUAAAUUAUACUGUAGUUUAUCGAGUCUGUUUUUUGGCAGCUGCAUUGGAAUCUGGUCAAAACAAUACAGAAAUACUAUUUUGUUGUGUUUUUUUCCCACCCGUUAUGACAGAAUUGUGACAAAUUACAAGCGACACACUCCACUGAUGUAAUCAGUUUUCCUUCUGUGUCCAAUAUUGCAUAAUCCAUUAUAUAGCUCUCCCUAUCAUGUAUACCAAUACAAUACAUGUCAUGUUUAGAAUCAGCUUGAUUCAAUACAUAUUCAACCCAUCAAAUGCAAAACAAAUAAAUAAAUCAACUACAAAAAAAAUCAUAAAUAAAGAAAUGAGCAACCUCAAAUCGAAGAGUUUUGGGCUCCUGAAUUGUUAAUUAUCUGCCAUUUUGAAACGAGGAACAUUAGCAAAGGGGAAACAAUUAGCUAACAACAGUUAAUAAAACAGUCCGAGUGAAACCUCAGAUUGCGAGUAAAGCGUUUUACAAGUGUUCCGCAAGAUCAGCAUGGAUUUUUAAUAA